AUGGACAGCGCGACCCUCCGCUCCCAAGUAACAGAAAGGUUCGGAGACAGCAUCGAAGACAGCCUGGUCGACGACUGCGUGAAGCUCUGUCAGAACCACAACAUGUCCGGGGAAGACCUCUUCUACAAGUGGGAGGCCGUCUCCUUCAACCGCGGCCCCCGCCAGUUCAGCGUGCAGGACCUCGACGACGUCCGCAAGACGAUCCAGCGCGACCUGGCGAAGCGCGCGGGCGUGAACAAGAUGCUCUCCUCGCGCGGAAAGCUCUCCGGGCUCCAGUCGCGCAACUUCGGCGGCCCCCCGACGGCGGCGGCGCGGGGAGGGCGUCCGCCGUUUGGGACCCCGGGUCCGAUAGGGACACCAGUGAAGGGGAAGAUGCCAAUCCCGGUGGCGAGAGUGCAGGAUGGGUUUGAUGUGGCGCGGAUCGAGGAGAAGAGGAUGCCGGUAGCUGGACCGAGCAGGGUGAACUUCGUGGGGCCGGCGAUGGACGAGAAGUCGAGGAAAAGGCGAUCCUACCAUUACAUGUACGAAAAACCGUUGGGAAGAAGUGAAGUCUUGGACGAUAGGAUCGACUACUUCGGAGAACAGGUGAAAGAGUACUAUAACAUAGCGGAGCUAGGUGACCCAUCUGCAGUGACAGAUGAAGACGUCGUGGUAGUCGGCCGAAUCGCUCAGGAUUCCGAGUCGGGAUCGGGGAAGCUCACUGAGUCGUCACUGCUCCUCCAAUCAUCGCGAUACAUGGGUUCAGGCGCGCGGGUUCCUCUUCGCUUCGAUUCUGACCUGAAGGUGCGAAAGGGCAAGAAGGGACUCGCAGGUCAAGGGCUAUUCCCGGGAGCGAUUGUCGCACUGAAGGGCAAGUACGGGGGAGGCGGCUCGUUUCUUGCUUCAGAAAUUCUGUCGCUGCCUCCCCUAGAGCCGGCACCCCCUUCACUAGUCAAGACCGAGAGCGGGGAGACCCAAUUCUCUAUGUGUGUCGCAUGUGGACCGUUCACCGCGGAGUCCGAUUUAGAAUUCCGCCCGUUACAACACCUAGUAACCAGUUUGAGGGCUACAAAACCUGCCGUGGUCCUCCUGCUCGGACCGUUCAUUGAUAGCACGCAUUCUAUGAUCAAGGCGGGGGACGUUGACUCUACGCCUGAAGACAUGUUCCGCACAGUGCUCGUUGCUCGGCUACGCGAAUUCCUCGACGACUCCCCGGGAAGUAUUGCGUUGUUGGUGCCUGGUGUCCGCGAUAUUCUCAGCGACCACGCGGUCUUCCCACAACCCGAGCUCAACUCAGCUCUAGCGGACGACCCACGCAUCCGCAUGCUCCCGAACCCUGCCCGCUUCACGCUCAACGGUGUGCACAUCGCCGCCAGCAGCGUCGACACCCUCUUCCACCUCCGUACGGAGGAGCUCUUCAAGCGCGCAGGCGAGGUUGAGCCCCUCGACGCGCCCGAGGUCCCCCUAGGCCAGCCUCCGACGGACGCGAUGGCGAACCUCUGCCGGCACAUCCUCCAGCAGCGGAGCUUCUACCCGCUUUUUCCCGUCCCGCUCGCGGCCGCGCACGAAGUCAGCCUCGACGCGACGCACGCGGAGCUGCUCAGUCUCGCGCCCGAGCCGGACGACGAGGAUGCCGACGCGGAGCCAUGCCCGGUGGACGGCGGCGGCGACCCGAGCAUGGCGCGGUGCGCUCCGGAUGUGCUCGUUCUGCCUUGCCGGCUGAAGCACUUCUCCAAGAUCGUGGAUGAUACUAUCGCGAUAAACCCGUCGUACCUCUCCAAGUGGAUGUAUGCCAUGGUCGAGUACGCGGGGUAUACCGCUCCGGGUCCCGCACGAGACCGCAUCAAGGUUGAGAUCAACCGUUUGGAAGGCGCGACAGGCUCGCAGUCGUAG